UACCUUCACAUCCAUGAACCCUUAUGGUUAUGGACCAAUCAUCAUCUACCCAACCUACCUUCAUACACAAAUGGAACCGUCCAUCAAUUGAUUGAACAAUGUCCAUCACCCAAACAACUCCACUCUAUCGACAAAAGAGGGGAUGGGAGGCCUGUCGGCCUGAAGCUGCACGGCCUACCCAUCAUAUACUAUAUA